ACUCACUGCUCCAACAUGAUUUGGCUUGUGGCUUUUCUGUCCUGCAUUGGGCUGAUCGGGGCUGAAACGCCCUUCAACCAUAACGUGCACAAUGAGAGGGUCAUAGGAGGUCACAAUGCGAAACCAAACACCUGGAAAUGGCAGGUUUCUCUGCAGCUGGAUUCAUACAAUGACGGCUCAUUCUACCACAUCUGUGGCGGCUCUCUCAUCGAUAGUUUCUACAUUAUGACUGCAGCUCACUGUAUCCUCAGCAUGGAUGCCAGCGCGUACCGUGUGGUGGUGGGUGAAUAUAACCUGUAUGAGUAUGAAGGCAGCGAGCAGUUCAUCCGCGUGGAAAGGAUUGUUGUCCAUCCUGGCUGGACUGAAGACCUUGCCAAAGGAAAUGACAUUGCCCUCUUGAGACUGGCUCGUCCAGUGUAUGACAACGGCUAUGUGGCCGUCGCUGACCUUCCCUACCCUGGCGAGAUGUUGCCUCAUGGGUUAAUCUGUUACAUCACCGGCUGGGGACUUAUGGACGACAGUGGAAGUGUCCCUGCCAUCCUGCAGGUGGCCCCCAUCCCUGUGGUGGAGCAUUCAGUGUGCUCCCGGCCUGACUGGUGGGGCAGCAUCGCUCUGAGGACCAUGGUGUGUGCUGGAGGGGAUGGAGUCGUAUCAGGCUGUCAGGGCGACUCUGGAGGCCCCCUGAGCUGUUUCACUGGUGGAGCCUGGAGGGUCCACGGUGUUGUCAGUUACGGCCCAGCCGGCAUGUGCAACCAAGUGACUAAACCCACUGUCUUCACCAGAGUCUCUUCCUUCUAUGACUGGAUCUAUUCAGUUGUAGUAUAGAUGGAACAUGGCAUUCUGUCAAAUGAGGCAUCGAAAAUAAAAUUAAUUUGCAUCUGA